GUUGCCCAGGUACCCACUGAUAGGGAGAUGAAUUUCUCUCCACCCCUGAGGAAUGAUGCAAAUGCACUAAAGCCAUACUUCUUUCGACCUCUGAACACCUAUUGAUAUGCAGAUACACUAACGCCAGGCGAGAUAUUCUGGAAAUAUUACAAUUUUACCCACAGUCACCUUGGACAAGUUCCUAAAGGCUCUCUCUUCCAUUUCCAUGUCAAAUAGAGUUAUGAAAUCACUUUGAGGUGAUGCAGAGUAUCCAUUUGAACUUAUAAAAAAUGUACAUGGUGAAUGCUCUAUAAAUACUAGCUGUUAUCCUAUAUUACAGAUGAGAAAGGUGAGGUUCUGAGAGAAAAAGCUCAGGUCACCCAUUCAGGAAGUGGCCUGUGAGGAUAAAUAACAAUCACAGUAGGGCAUUGCCUAGCCUAAGGCCCAGCGCAUAAUGUGUACGCUGCAUGACAGCUGGGGCAAUCAAAGGGCUGCCUUGUUUCCUGCCCCUCAGCAUGGGAAAUUCCAAGGUGGUUUUCCUUACUGGCUUCUCUGGUUCUGUCCCUGGAGGGGAUAGCGGAGGGGCCCAGAUACCCAAGCGGACUCCAGAAGGUGGAAUUGAAUGCCUGAUCAGCCUGUCUGGGCCUCUCUGAUUGUUGAAGGGGUGGCUGUAACUUGGGGUGGUCUGGGCUGCUUUGUGCCUAUCUGGGCAUUUCCUUGGAUGGGCAGCCCUCACCCUGUCCAUGAAAUGGUUCUGGCUGGGUAGCAGCCUCUAGGUGGGGUGAGUGAAAUUUGGGACUGGUUUAGGGUGGGGACAAGACAGAACACUGGUUGCCUUGUACUGCUAGAGAGAGAGGUCAGGAGGAAAUUGGAGACCCCAUUUCCCCCUUGGUCACGCUUGCUCAUAGUCCGAGAUGGCUUGGUCUCCGGUGUUCCUUGGUGUCAUCAUUUUGCUGUCUUCCUUCCCAGGGCUUGGUUUUGGGGGCCACCCCAUGCCUAAGCUGGCUGACUGGAAGCUGUGUGCGGAUGAGGAAUGCAGCUACCCCAUCUCCAUGGCUGUGGCCCUGCAGGACUACGUGGCCCCUGACUGCCGUUUCCUGACCAUACACAGGGGCCAAGUUGUGUAUGUCUUCUCCAAGCUGAAGGGCCGAGGGCGGCUCUUCUGGGGAGGCAGUGUUCAGGGAGAUUACUAUGGAGACCUAGCAGCUCGCCUGGGCUAUUUCCCCAGUAGCAUUGUACGUGAGGAUCAGACCCUGAAACCUGGCAAAGUCGAUCUGAAGACAGAUAAGUGGGAUUUCUACUGCCAGUGAGCUCGGCCUACUGCUGCCCCUGCCGUUUUUUCUCCCUGGCUUUAUGCAAAUACAUCAGCCAAGUGCAAACUAUGGGUCUCUGUAGUCUUUGUGGUGGGACAUGUUAAAGGGAAAUGUUUUCCCAGGUUCCUAAAUCUAGCCAAUCAACCCACUGACUGUGCUAACGUCCGUGGUUGCUAGGCAGAAUUUCACUGACUAAAAGCUCCUUUUACCUUUAUGGGUAUCUGAAGGUGGGUUCCUACGCUUAGAUACCACACAAGGAAAUGAGAAGACGGAAUAACCUAAGCAGCCCAACUCGGGGAUUUUAUCCUCUUUAGAUCACCAAUGUGAGGGCGCGGAACUACUGGGAAUGAGACAGUCGGACCUUGAAGACAUAAAUCGCAGAGGAGAGGUUUCCUUGGAAGAUUAUGUGCAAAGGGAGAUGAGGGAUUGCGUAUAUCGUCCCUCCUGCUUUUAAAAUCAGAAAUCGCUCUCGCCAGCUAAAGAUCUCUUCCUCUUGCAGGUUCUGUCAAUCCAUAGGCUCCUGCCUUCUUUGCAACCGUAUCCCCUCCCCCAAGUCCGCUCCUGCCCAAUCCCGAGUCUCGACGCUGCCUCCGAAAUCCUGACCAAAUCCGUUUCUCUGCUCCGUUCAGCAUCUGCACCGACCCUUCCCACUUGCUCCGCCAAUCGCUGGUUGUGGUCCCGCCCCUUUCUGUUCAUCCCCUCUCAUACUGCCAAUGCGUGCCUUUUGUCC